GGUCUUGCUCACAGGCAGUGUUGACGAGCUCACGUUUGUGCUGAACAACCAGCACUUGUUUCUCUUUCUUUUCUCUUUUCUCUUUCUUAAAUACAUCCUUACCCAUCUUUGUAAUCCUCGCUUUUCUUUUCUUCGCUCUGGCGACACAACUGUCUCACAGUAAAAGUCCGAUCCGAAUAACUGUACCACUCACUCCUUCUAUCUUGCCAUGGCCACACAGAACCCAAUUCGCAGGAAGCUCGUCAUUGUCGGCGACGGUGCCUGUGGAAAGACCUCUCUUCUCUGUUCCUUUGCUCUGGGUGAAUUUCCUAAAGAAUAUCAACCAACCAUCUUCGAAAAUUAUGUCGCUGAGAUCAGACUAGACGGAAAACCCGUACAGUUGGCCCUGUGGGAUACUGCUGGUCAAGAAGAAUAUGAACGUUUACGACCCCUCUCAUAUUCAAAAUCUCACGUGAUCCUAAUCGCGUUUGCCAUCGACACCCCUGAUUCUCUCGAGAAUGUGACAGUCAAAUGGAUUGAAGAAGUGAGGACGAUAUGCGGCCCCACCAUCCCCAUUCUCUUAGUGGGAUGCAAAGCGGACUUACGACCUCCGCCCAACUCAUCAAACAGCGGCCAAUAUGUUUCUCGGGCACAAGCAGAACGAGUAGCUCAAGAGAUUGGUGCGCGGGCGUACAAGGAGUGUUCAGCACUCAAGAUCGAGGGUGUCGAUGACGUAUUUGAGGCUGCUACGCGGGCGAGCAUGCUCAUGCGAGAGGGUGUGCCUUCGUCGGCGCACCAUAGGAGGAAGAGCAGCAACAGGAAUGGGGUGCCGAAUGGCGAAACUGCAAGCGGAGGGCUCAAGUGCUGCGUCAUAUGUUAAUAUGCGUGGUUUCCUGAUUAGUAUACAUAGGCCGUCGCCGAUGGACCGUGGACCCCCCAUAGCUUUCUUACUUUCUCCAGUAUUUGAUACUUUUGGAGCACUCGCACAAACUGUCUAACAGUUGUGUUAGAGUGUCUCCCCCUCGAUUUUGUUAAUAUCCAUAGGAUCUCCCAUUCGUCUCAUACUUGUUAUGCAUAGUACCAUCUUGCUUACUUUUAUAACCUGUUGCUUGUAAGCCAUGUCCCUACAUUUGUUCAUGCAUGUCUUGGAGCCCGAUGGACGGUACACCACAGGUUACGUUUUUUUACACAGUAUGACAGACGUAUAUUACACUUCAUUCUUUGAAAGUUCGAGUACAUGUACAUGUUGUAUGCAGAGAUUGAUCUGAUUCCGUUUUCUGAAUAAUCCUAUUUCCGCCUUCCUAUCAACACCCCUAGAAGUAGGCAGGAUGAUAGUUUGUUUCGCGUGUACC